AGCGAACUGCUGGUGUAUCUAACACAACUAGUGGACAACAUGCCCCUGGAUAUCUUAUCGCGGUAUGACAAUCAGUCGGGCACCCACGUGCUUUCCCGAACACUCGAGCCACGCCUGUUGUGGUCCACGUGUACUGAGUUGGACGGCGGCAACUGUGUCCAUCCAUCCCAGGCUCUUUUUCUGGAGAUCGACGUCACCGAUCUCACAGUGUGGGACCCCAUCAUCCGACAAGGAAACGCGUGGCAAGAGGAACAAGAAGGCGAGGAGGAAGGCGAAGAAGAAGAAGAAGAAGAAAAAGAGUCGAGCGAGGAUAGUGAAGAUCCUGAUUACAUUCAGGAAGAAGAAGAGGAGCCAUCAGGAGAAGAAGAGGUAGCAGGUGGGCCGAGUCAGCAGCCCGAACGAAGCAGGGAAGAGGAAGAGGCAGGAGCACGAAAAAGGUUGGAAAAGGCGGAGGGAAAACGGCCGAUUGAGGAAAGGUUCCCGCCGGAUCUAUCGUUGGGAAACCCGUGGCUCGAUCCAGAGCCCCCUAGGGAAGACGAAGGAAACGAUGGAACCACAGCGGAGGGAUCGGGAAGACGUCGCCGAAGAAGCGAAUCGCCGACUUCAUCUGGUUCCUCUGCCCGACCUUCCCUUCGCCUACGUCAGCAUGAGGGCGAUCGGGCUUCGUCCCCGUUUGUUCUCUCGCCGUCCCCUUGACUUCCUGAUGCUCACCCGACUCCCUGGUAGACCCCCGUUCCCCGUUGGAUGGUGUCCUUCCCUCCCGACCUCUUCCACCACCUUUACGCCACCCGUCUC